AUGUGUGAACAAGAAUGCAAGCACGAAGACACCAUGUGCAACGUGCCAUAUCGAAGUGCUGUCGGAGGCAUCAUGUAUCUCAUGGUCGCCACACGUCCGGAUCUAGCUGCUGCAGUGGGAUCAUUAUCCCAGUUCUCGUCCGACCCAUGCCCGACUCACUGGCAAGCUUUGAAGCGUGUGCUGAGAUACCUGCAAGCAACGCCCAAUCAUGGUCUUGAGUUUACACGUGAAGAAGGAAGCCGUAUCUGCGGGUACACCGACGCAGACUGGGCCGGCGACAUUGAGUCAAGACGAAGUACAAGCGGCUAUGUGUUCAUGAUGAGCGGAGGAUGCAUCAGCUGGAAAAGCCAGAAACAACGGACGGUCGCGCUAUCUUCAACAGAAGCAGAAUACAUGGCGCUUUCCGAAGCAACCAAAGAAGCAGUAUGGCUCAAAGUGCUUUUGGGGGAACUUGGUGAGAUGACAAGCGACGAAGCGAUCAAGAUGUAUGAAGACAACCAAGGAUCAAUCGCUCUCGCCAAGAACCCGGAGUUCCAUAAGAGAACAAAACACAUCGACAUACGCUACCAUUUUGUGCGUGAGAAGGUGGAAUCAGGUGAAGUCGUUUUGGAGUAUUGCCCGACUCAAGAUAUGCUGGCAGACAUGAUGACCAAGCCGAUCGCCGCUGUACAAAAAAAUUUGAAAACAUUCGCGAUCGACUUGGGAUCCAAGGUGCCGCAGCUAACGAGUCGAGAGGGAGUGUUGAAAAGACAGAGGCUGUGA